AUGGGUCUGUUAAUACCUGGCUUGCUGAAUGACUUAGCAGAGUUGUGCCUCUCGCGCAUCCCGCGUUCUGAGUGUCGGAUCAUUUCUCAGGUGUGCUGGCGAUGGAGGAGAUUCCUCAGGAGCAAGCAUUUUGCGACCGCUCGAAAGAUGACUGGUUCGGUGGAGGAAUUUAUGUGCGUUCUUGUGGAUGACAUGUACUGGGAAGUUUUCGACGGCACCGGUAACAAACUGGGACGAAUCCCUCCCGUCCCUGGGCCUUUGAAGUGUGGUUACGGCCUUGCAGUGCUCGAUGACCGGAAGAUCGUGUUCAUUGGUGGAAAAUAUACGUUCCGCCAAUCGAAGGUCCGUGGGUUGAAGGUCCGACGACCGCAUGAGGCCCGAGAAUCUUUGUUCACUAACGAUGCUUUGGCCAAUGUUUACGAGUUCAAUCCAGCUACUAACAGGUGGAGAAAACUGGCAGACAUAAACAUACCACGUCACAACUUUGCAUAUGCUGUAGUGGAAGGCCUUUUGUAUGUGAUCCGAGGCUAUUCUGCAGAUGAUGUUAGCAUUCUCAAUGCGGAAGUAUACAACCCUAAAACUAACAAAUGGAGCCUCAUGGAUUGUCCACACCGUCCAGACUUUCGUGGCUUCGCAUUUUCUUUCAACUCCAAACUCUUCGUUGUAGGAAAUGGAUCAAAUUUCAUUGACAUAUAUGAUCCCAAAACGGAGACAUGGGAAGAGUUAGACUCGGGGCAAACACUGGAUGUAUACUCCUACACUGUUGUUAAGAACAAAGUGUAUUUCAUGAACAUGAACAUGCCCGAAAUGGGAGUGUUUGAUCCAGAGAAGAAUUCUUGGAGUUCGGUGGAUGUGCCUCCGAAUCGUUUCAGGUUGAGACUAGGGAAAUGGAACAAUACAGUUAUCCUGUUUAAACCGGAAAUUCAAUAUGAGGUCUUAAGUCAUGACCUUGAUAAAGAGGACGAGGCCAAGUGGAGAAAGACACCGAUUAAACUAUCUGGUUUUGACGCCACCAGUGUUCUCAUCAAUAUUUGA